CUCAUUCUGCAGCCAGGGGCCGCCCUACAGUCCAAAAGGAACCCUGCGGGCUGGGGACUGGGUCUGGGCUCCCCAGCGGGAACUUGGUUUGCUAUGGCGGCCUGUACCACAGCGAUCAUGGCCCAGCAGCUGCUGCUGCUACUGAGUGCUCUAGGACUCUCGACUGCAGGUGCUCCGCAGCCCCCCAACAUCGUGCUACUGCUCAUGGACGAUAUGGGGUGGGGUGACCUGGGUGUGAAUGGAGAGCCUUCCAGAGAGACCCCCAAUUUAGACCGGAUGGCUGCAGAAGGGAUGCUUUUCCCAAGCUUCUAUUCUGCCAACCCUUUGUGCUCACCAUCAAGGGCAGCCCUGCUCACAGGACGGCUGCCCAUCCGCAAUGGCUUCUACACAACCAACGCGCACGCAAGGAAUGCUUACACACCUCAGGAGAUCGUGGGUGGGAUCCCUAACUCAGAACACCUCCUGCCAGAGCUCCUGAAGAAGGCGGGCUAUACCAGCAAGAUCGUGGGCAAGUGGCAUCUGGGUCAUAGACCCCAGUUCCACCCUCUGAAGCAUGGAUUCGAUGAGUGGUUUGGAUCCCCCAACUGUCACUUCGGACCGUAUGACAACAAGGUCAAGCCCAAUAUCCCUGUGUACAGGGACUGGGAGAUGGUCGGCAGAUUUUAUGAAGAGUUCCCAAUUAACCUGAAGACCGGGGAAGCUAACCUCACCCAACUCUACUUACAAGAAGCUCUGGACUUCAUCCGGACACAACAUGCAAGGCAGAGCCCCUUCUUCCUCUACUGGGCCAUCGACGCCACCCAUGCACCAGUUUAUGCCUCAAAACAGUUCUUGGGUACCAGCCUUCGAGGGCGGUAUGGAGAUGCUGUUCGGGAAAUAGAUGACAGUGUUGGAAAGAUCCUGGGCCUUCUGCAGAACUUGGGCAUCAGUAAGAACACAUUUGUCUUCUUCACAUCUGAUAACGGUGCAGCCCUCAUUUCUGCUCCCAAACAAGGUGGCAGCAACGGUCCCUUCCUGUGUGGGAAGCAAACUACAUUUGAAGGCGGGAUGAGGGAGCCUGCCAUCGCAUGGUGGCCAGGGCACAUUGCUGCAGGCCAGGUCAGCCACCAGCUGGGAAGCAUCAUGGACCUCUUCACCACCAGCCUGUCCCUUGCAGGCCUGAAGCCCCCCAGUGACAGGAUAAUUGACGGGCUUGACCUUCUCCCCACCAUGCUCCAGGGCCAGAUGAUGGACAGGCCCAUAUUUUAUUACCGUGGCAACACACUGAUGGCAGUCACUCUUGGCCAGUACAAAGCCCACCUCUGGACUUGGACCAACUCCUGGGAGGAGUUCAGACAGGGCGUUGACUUCUGCCCCGGGCAGAAUGUUUCAGGAGUCACAACCCACACCCAGGAAGAACACACGGAGCUACCCCUAAUCUUCCACCUGGGACGUGACCCAGGGGAGAGAUUCCCACUCAGCUUCGCCAGUGAGGAAUACCAGGGCGCCCUCAGCAGGACCACCCGGGUUGUCCAGCAGCACCAAAAGUCCUUGGUCCCUGGACAGCCCCAGCUCAAUGUGUGUGACCAGGCUGUCAUGAAUUGGGCACCCCCAGGCUGUGAAAAACUAGGGAAGUGUCUGACACCUCCUGAGUCUGUCCCUGAGAAGUGUUUCUGGGCCCAUUAGCCAAGACCAGAAUCUCCAGCCAGCCCUCCAAGUUCCUGGAAGGCCUUGGCCUUGGGACUGAUGGAUGGAAGAGACCAGCUGCCCUCUGCUUACCCAUUCCUGGAUGAACGGCCCCUGCAACCAAUAGCAAGGCUCCAAGACUGCCCAUCCUGGAGCUCCUGACCCUAGAGUCAACUCUCUAGCAAUGUGGCCCAUCUUGCCAACUCCAGAAAAAGAAGAGGCUUGCCUACCCUAGGUGGCCUUGGUCACCAUCCGUGCUCCAGCCUAGGGUCUGACGCUGUCACUGUGCCUCCUCACUGUCCCUGUAUACAUUUCAACCUUGAUGUGUCCAUACAUUUCAACCUUGGUGUGUCGGAGACAAAAGUGAAGAUUUCAGCUCGAUGCCAAGGAGCCGCCAUCUGCCUGGCCAUCAGUCUUCACCCCCAGGCCAACCCCCUGAGCUGCCCUACCUCUUUCCCACUGGCUACAAGCAAAAGACAAAGAUAGCACAUUUUCCAGCCAAGGUGACAUCUGCUACCACCCCAUAGAGAUAGGAAGAUGAUAUCCUAAAUUUCUGGUUCUGGCUCAGUGCAGUACGGGGCCACUUCUGUACCUGUCACCUGUCAUGUGCUCCACAUACUCUCCAAGAUCCUUUCUCUGAAGGCUCAUGGGAGUUGUCCAUCAUAAACAAGUCUUCACAUCUGUGCAGUAACUGUAAUGCCAGAGCUGAAUUGUAAGCUUGGGAAACAAAGAGACAGGGAGCAGGAAUAAAGGAACAGGAGAUGUGUGA